CUUCUACAUGUAGUUGUAACUGUCUUCAAACUCUAUAUUCUUUAACAUGAAAAAAGAAAGAAGGAAAAGAAAAUUGAAACAUGAGAUUAAUAUAUGGGUUGGUAUAACAGUAUAUAGUCACUUUCAAAAGCAAAAUGAUGUUGGUACUUAAAAUCUGUUGGGUUAGCUGUCAAAUUCUACACCAAAAACAUAGGCAGACCUUGCAUAACUUAGGGAAAAAAGAAAAAAAAAUUAUAUCGAGGCUAAACUUGGUGACAUGAACCAAUAUUUAUUAAUUCUAAGUCUUUAAUCUAAAAAAAAAAAAAAAAAUCAUAAGUACUUCCUAACUUAUUGAUCCAAAUAUUGUAGGAGUAAGAUGCACAAAAGUUUUAUUAUUAUUAUUUGUCCGGACAAAUAACUCUCCACUUUUCUCUUCCAAAAGAGACAAGAUCCCAUUAGACCAAAGGUCUUGGUGGUUUUGUCUUCAGUAUAUAUUUAUUUCCUAAUUCUAAGUCUUUAAUCUAAAAAAAUAAAAAAAAAAUCUGAAGUACUUCCUAACUUAUUGAUCCAAAUAUUGGAGGAGUAAGAUGCACAAAAUAAUCACAUGUUUAGAGCAUACCAUUUCAUUUUGACAUGUAGUUGGAAAAUAAUUUUAUCCUGAAUAGCAUAUCUCUUUACAUAAAGAGAUGUAUGAUGUGGCUUAUAUAUCACUGCAAAACAUGUGUUGUUCAUUUAUGUCCCCAAAAUUAGGAUUUUAAGCCAUUUGAUACAUGAAAUAUUAUUGCAUGCAUUCUGAUUUAUACCUGCGACAAACAAAAUAUAGUUAAAAUAAUUUUUUGCUAAGUUAGGAAAUCAUCAAAAUCUUAAUCAAAAUUGCUCACAUGUAAUUUACAGGUGGUGGUAACUUUUACCAUAACACGAAAAAAGUCAUAAUGCCCAAUGUACAAAGAUUACUUCCAAAAUUUUCUCGUACCAGCUAUUAUAAUGUGUGUAAUGUGGUUAAUUUAUGGAGAAAGACUAGGUCAACGUGAAUAUUUGUUAGCAUUGCUAAACCUGUGCUGUGCUAUUGAGGCUAACAACCAAAAUCCCGACAACCAUCCCUAGAUUUGUUUGUGAAAUUCUUGGCAAACCUCCAAAUUGGUGGUGUAUCCUAGAAUUCCGCUGCUAAAACGGAGGCCUCUGUCAACGGACUCUCACUCCCUCCCUCUAUACCUCCAUAUAACACCCUCCUUUUCUUCCCAUGAAUGAAAAGCUAUAGGCAGCCUUGGACCUAUCCAAGGUGGUCUCUGGCAUUGUUAUAUCAACCGAAGAUGAAGAGCUUGGGAAACUUUCUUUUCCUCUCCUUCCUAUUAUUCUCUUCAUUUUCUUCCUUCUCUUUGGCUUUAGCAGAUGUUGAGGCAUCCUAUGCUCCGCAUCGCCAGCUUCUGACAUUCGAUGCUGUUCCUGCCACUUUUGAAAAUUCAAGGAUAGCAAGAGCUUAUGUUGCUCUCCAGGCAUGGAAAAAAUGUAUAUAUUCGGACCCGAAAAACAUGACCACCAAUUGGGUUGGUUCCAAUGUGUGCGCCUACAAUGGCGUAAUCUGCUCACCAGCACUUGAUGACCCCAAGUUGAAGGUUGUUUCUGGUGUUGAUCUUAACCGUGGUGAAAUUGCCGGUUCCCUUCCUCCUGAGCUUGGGCUCCUAACGGAUAUUGCUCUUUUCCAUAUUAGCUCAAACCGAUUUUUUGGAAAAAUUCCUGAUAGCUUCUGUAGGCUUACGCUUUUGUUCGAGCUUGAUGUUAGUAACAACCGCUUUUGUGGUUUAUUUCCGGAUGCUCUUCUAAAUAUGCCAUCCCUCAAGUACCUUGAUGUUAGAUUUAAUGAGUUUGAAGGUGCAUUGCCCCCAAAGCUCUUCGAUAUGAAGCUCGACGCUUUGUUCCUGAAUAACAACAGGUUCUCAUCCUCCAUUCCUGAAACUCUAGGAAACUCCACAGCUUCAGUUAUUGUGUUUGCUAAUAACAAAUUUAGUGGUAGCAUUCCGAGUAGCAUUGGCAAGAUGAAGAACACAUUGAAUGAGAUACUUUUCACAAACAAUGAUCUCAGCGGUAAGCUACCUGAUGAAAUGGGGUCGCUGACUAACAUGAGCGUUCUUGGCGUGGGUUCUAACCAGUUGAGUGGUCCGUUGCCAGCCAGUUUCUCUAAUCUCAAGAAUGUUCAGCAACUGGACAUCGGAAAUACUUUAUUGACAGGAACUGUCCCGGAUAGCAUUUGCAGCUUGCCACAUUUGUCGCACUUAAGAUUCACUGGUACCAACUUACACGGAGAUGGUCAAGCAUGCCAACAACCUUCAAGGCCGGGCGUAGUGGUGGAGGGAAAUGUUCCUCCCUCGAGCCCCUCCACCCCAAAAGUAGAACCCAAUCCUAUUCCAACCCCUACUUCCAAACCACCAAUGUCCCCUCCUCCAAGCUCUUUGCCCGGCCCAUCACCUCCUUCACAACCGGAAAAGACUUCUACUUCACCUCCUCCAAGCUCUUUGCCCAACCCAUCACCUCCUCCGCAACCGGAAAAGACUAUUACCUCAUCUCCUCCAAGCUCUUUGCCCAUCCCAUCGCUUCCUCCACAACCAGAAAAGACUAUUACUUCACCUCCUCCAAGCUCUUUACCCAUCCCCUCGCUGCCUCCACAACCAGAAAAGACUAUUACCUCACCUCCUCCGCCACUUGAUCCUUUGCAACCGGGAAAGACUUCACUACCUCCAAGCUCUUUGUCCAAUCCGCCGCUUGAUCCUUCGCAACCGGGAAAGACUUCACUUCCGCCAAGCUCUUUGCCCAACCCAUCACCUUCUUCACAACCAGAAAAGACUUUUACUCCACCUCCUCCCACUUCUGACCUACCAAGUGUGCCACCAAAGCCAUCUCAAGAUCCAGCUUCACCUUUGACACCUGUUCCAGCUCCUCCAAAACCUUCUUCUAUUCCAGAUUCACCUUUGACACCCGUUUCAGCUCCUCCAAAACCUUCUGAGCCAUCUCCUUUUUCUCCUCCGCCUUUGAUGCCCGUUUCAGCUCCUCCAAAACCUUCUGAGCCAUCUCCUCUUUCGCCUCCACCUUUGACGCCCGUUUCAGCUCCUCCAAAACCUUCUCAGCCACCUCCUCCUAUCCCAGCUUCACCACCAGUUUUGACUCCUCCCCAAUCUCCAGUCCCGUCUCCAGCUGUGGAUCCUCUAAAACCUUCUGGGCCAAUUCCAAUCUCCGCUCCUGCUGCCACACCAGUUUCUGCUCCUCCUCCCAAACAAAUUGAGCAACCUCCGGCGCGAAGCCCAACUCCUCCACCUCCAACACCCCCACUUUCAUCUCCUCCUACACCAUCUCCUAACUUCGCAAAAUCAAUCGCACGUUCUAUUCUGCCACAAGCUUUAAAUGGCCCUUUUGCACCACCACCUUCCUCCACAGUGAAAUCGCUCGCACCACCCCAUGAACCUGUUUAUGUGUUGCCAUCGUCCCCAGAAGAUAUUCUGCCAAUACCCUCGUCCAAACCGAAAUCACCCCCACCCCCACGUCCUUCACCACCCCCACCACCUUCACCACCUUUUGUUGAUUUGCAGAUACAUCCACCACCACCCCCCUCCAAAUAUCAUCCACCCCCACUACCCUCCUCCAAAUAUCAUCCACUACCACCUUCUUCCAAACCUCAUCCAUCACCACCCUCCUCCAAAUCUCACCGAGCACCACCAGAAGGAGAUUUGCAAAUUGAUAUUUACACCUGAUCAGUUUACUCACCACCACUUCCAUUUCCUUGAUUAUUCCCAACCGCCACCACCCAUCCAAUCACCCCCACACCAUUACAAUCUCUCUCUCUCUCUCUCUCUCUCUCUCUCGUGUUUCUUCACCACCACCAAACCACCAAGCAACAACGACACGGGACAUCUUCAUCCAUUCAACAACCUUGUGCUCCUAGUACUUGCUGCCACAACCACCUAUGUUCCUAGGCUACUAACUAGUACAUCACUAGCAUAUCAUACUGUAUAUUAAUAUAUACAUAGACUCACUCUGUAACCUGAGCUUCCAAGAGGUGGACAUUGUUUGUUGUUUGCCUCUACAUUGUUAUUACUAAGAAAUUUAAUGUCUAUUAUUGUAAGACAAGAAGAUAUUAAAUUGCUGUUUCUCUUCAGGUAUAAUGGUGACUCAAUUACAGAAAUGGAAAUAAAAAAAAAGAAAAAGAAAACAGCUCUCUUAUGAGUGUUUAAUUUUUGAAAUAUUAUAAACAGUUCUCUUCUGGAUUCAAAAUUUGGCUAA